AUGUCACGCCAUAAACUCUUGAAGGGAUCUGUUUCAUUGACCCUGACAAGUGGCGAUGAUAAAAUAGACCGUUGUGCCAUAGUACAAGCAGUGAGUACAAUCCUCGGCUCAUCUGACACAAUUGAGUCCAUCGGCAAUUUAGGCUCCAUAAGAGAAUGGUUUAUCGGAUUUGGUGAACCAUUGUCACAACAGAGGUUGUUACAGGAAGGAGAGUUGAAAGUCGGUACGCAGAGAUUUUCAAUUCAGUUACCGUAUCAAGAAACAAAAACCAUCCGGUUAAUGGGAGUACCCACAUCGAUCAGUGAUGAUGAAAUAAGUCAAAUCGUGAGCCGGUGGAGAGGUACGAUUGUUAGCGUUGAAUGUGAAAACCUUCCUGCCCCGUACAAAUCCAUAAAAACGUUUGUUAGACGUGUGCGCAUGCGUUUUCCAUCCAAAAAGGAAGAAGAAAUGGUACCUAUAUCCUUUAAGCUGUAUGGUUUAACUGUUCCAGUGCAUCUUGAAGGACGAGAAAGAGUCUGUUUCCGCUGUAAACAGUCCGGUCAUAUAAAACGUGAUUGUAUAAUAGAAAAAUGUCAAGUAUGCUAUAACUUGGGACAUAAUGAUCCUCACUGUCAAGUGAAGCGAACAUAUGCCUCUGCACUGGCACACCAAACGCCGGAUACACAUGUUCAUAUACCGACACCAACUCCAAAGAUUUCGGUAACUAUACAAGAUACUGCACUGCAACAGGAUCAGAUACCAAUAAAUCACGAUGAUCCAUCCUUGUCUCCUAUAGUAUCCAAUGCAGGUCUGUCGCAGCAUGCUUCAAGUGAUGCAAGUGUUGCUAUUUGUAACCAGGACAAAGUAGAGGCUCAAAUGAUAGAGGAAGGUGAAAAAACUCAAGACAAUAAUGUCGAUGAGAAUCAUGAUAGUCCUGCGGAUAUGCCGGACGGUGCAGAUGAUCCUCACGACGGUAUUGUCAAUGAAACAAACAUAAAUCGAACCACGCUUGAUCGUAAUCAAUGCGGCAGUGGAUUGGUAACAAGUACUCCUAGACCUCAGCUUGGUGCGUCUACGUCAAUUCUGGACCAUCCUUUUGUUGGGGAUGCAUACCAGUUGUAUAAGGGAAAUCAGGCUACAAUGAAAAGGUAUCUAAACAGUAGUGUCUCUGAUGAUAAAACACCAUCAGUGGCUCAAAGUGAACAUGAAUCCAAAAAGCAACACAUGCAUCAAUCAUCAUCCUCGUCCAAUGUGGAGGAUGAUGA